AUGGAUAAGUCUUGGAUGCUUAUUGAAGAUAGAUUGCAUUCCCCUGAGUAUGAUGAAGGUGUUAGACAAUUCUUAGCCAUGGCACAAGCUCAUGCAGCGACAGCUGAUCAGAUUAGGUGUCCAUGUAGGAGAUGCCGGAAUAGAGCUUUUCACUCUAUUCGUAUCGUGGAAGAUCAUUUGUUUUUAAGAGGGAUUGAUCCAACGUAUACAGAAUGGAUUUUCCAUGGAGAAGAGGAUCCGAUACUGAAUUCUACAUUCUCCGAUGAAGAAGAUGAUGUAGCAUCCUCUUACAAUCACUAUAUUGAUGAUGUCGACGAGAUGUUAGACGACAUUCGUCAUGGGUCGUUUAUGGAUGAGGAAGGUAGCAAUGGAAGAAAUGCAAAUGAUAAUUAUCAACCCUCCACCUUUAAUGCUCCAACCGACUAUAACUUCGACGAGUUGGUUGCUGACGCACGACAACCACUUUAUCCCGGAUGUGCUAAGUUCUCGAAGCUAUCAUUCAUCGUCAAGCUACUUCACAUCAAGAGCAUAGGUGGUUGGACAGUGAAGUCCUUUGACAUGGUGAUCAAGCUUUUGCACGAUGCAUUUCCCGACGCUCUAUUUCCAAAUUCAUAUCACGAUGCUCGUCGCUUAGAGCGUGGCUUGGGAUUUAAUUAUGAAAAGAUAGAUUUGUGCCCAAAUGACUGUGCGUUGUUUUGGAAGGAAAAUGCAUCAUACAAUGAAUGCCCUAAAUGUAAAGCAUCUAGGUGGAUUGCAAGCACAAGUGACCAGCAGAUGAUACCACAAAAGGUUCUUCGAUACUUCCCCUUGAAGCCGCGCUUGCAGAGACUGUUUAUGUCAACGAAGACAGCCCAAGCCAUGAGAUGGCAUAAAGAUGCACAUGUUGACGAUCCAACAUCCAUGCGACAUCCAGCAGAUUCAAGGGUAUGGAAAGACUUCGAUAACAAAUAUGUUGCCUUUUCCCAUGAUCCUCGCAAUGUUAGGCUUGGGUUGGCGAGUGAUGGGUUUAACCCCUUCAAUAACAUGAGUAGGCCGUACAGUAUUUGGCCGGUACUACUUGUGCCCUACAACUUGCCCCCUUGGUCAUGCAUGAAAGAUCCAUACACCAUGUUGUCGUUGCUAAUCCCUGGCCCUAAGUCACCAGGGAAUGAUAUUGAUGUGUUCUUGCGUCCUCUUGUCGAUGAGUUGAAGGAAUUAUGGGAAGAGGGUAUUCGGACGUUUGAUGCGUACAGUGGACAAAUGUUUACCUUGCAUGCAGCACUACUUUGGACUAUCAAUGACUUUCCUGCAUACGCCAAUCUUUCUGGCUGGAGCACGAAAGGCAAGUUGGCUUGUCCUUCAUGUAGAGAAGAUACAAAUUCACAAUGGCUGGUAUAUGGGCGAAAGCAUUGCUAUAUGGGGCAUCGACGGUGGUUGCCACCAGAUCACAGUUUGAGACGCAAAAAGAACUCUUUUAAUGGGUGCGAAGAGCAUGGACUCCAACCAUCAAGGGUCGAGGGAGAGGUUUUGCUAGAACAAUUACGUGAAGUUACACAUUUCCAGUUUGGCAAAUUUGGUUUGAAGAGGAAACGAACGCCGAAUCAACUAAAUUGGACCAAAAAAUCUAUCUUCUUUGAGCUUCCCUACUGGUUAGAUUUGGGCUUGAGACAUAACCUUGAUGUCAUGCAUAUUGAGAAAAACAUAUGCAAUAGCGUGUUGGGAACAUUGCUGAAUAUUGAAGGAAAAACUAAGGACUCCGCAAAUGCCCGUCGUGAUUUGGCAAACCUUGGAAUAAGGAAAGAAUUGCAUUUACAGCAUGAUGGGGACCAUAUUACUAUGAGUCUUGGUUGCUACACGUUAAACUUAAAUGAGCGAAGGAUUUUUUGUGAUUGGUUAUCAAAAGUGAAAUUUCCUGAUGGUUUUGCAUCGAACAUUGCCCGUUGUGUGAAUGCUAGUGACGGGAAGAUUAGUGGAAUGAAAAGCCAUGACUGUCAUGUCUUCUUGCAAGCACUGUUGCCGGUUGUGAUUGGUGGGUUCUUACGGCCUGAUGUGCGUCAAGCCUUAAUAGAUUUAAGCUCGUUCUUCAAAGAAUUAUGUUCUCGCACUUUGAACUUAUCAGUGUUGACAUAUCUUCAAGCUAACAUUCCCAUCAUUCUUUGCAAACUAGAAAUGAUAUUCCCUCCAGCUUUUUUUGAUAUCAUGGUGCACCUUGCCAUUCACUUGCCAGAGGAGGCAUUCCUGGCAGGACCCGUGCAAUACAGGUGGAUGUACCCUUUUGAAAGGUAUCUAGGGAAGUUCAAGAGGUAUGUCCGCAACAGAGCUCGGCCAGAGGGCUCAAUUGCUGAGGCAUAUGUGCAUCUCGAGUGUCUUACAUUUUGCUCUAUGUACCUCCAUGAUAUUGAGACUAGAUAUAAUCGCGAGGAACGCAACAAUGAUGUUCGUAUUGGGACAACUGAGUCGGGAAAUGAGCCAAGUUUAUCUGUUUUCUCACAAAAGGUUAGACCAUUGGGAACAGGAAGUUCUCACAAAUUAGCCGACACACUAUUGGUCAAGGCUCGAUGGUAUAUACUUAAUAAUUGCACGGAGAUUGAGCAAUACAUUGAGGAGCACUAUAAGAAGAUCCAAGAAGAUGACCCUCAGAACAUCGACCGUAGGCACCAGAGUCAAUUUCCAUCGUGGUUCAGAUCACGCAUUCGAGAGGUGCGUUCAGUUAGGCCUACUGCGGUAACCGAUGAGAUAUAUGCCCUAGCAUGUGGUCCAGAUCCAUGGGUUGCAUCCUAUGCUGGAUGCAUAAUGAAUGGUAUUCGCUUUCAUACGAAAGAGCGUGAAAGGCAUCGCCGUACUCAAAACAGCGGGGUGGUUGUGCAUGGCGAGCAACAAGGAUCCCAUGUUGACUUCUACGGUGUGUUGCAUGAUAUUAUAGAGUUACGCUACAUGGGUUGGCGUAAGGUAUAUCUCUUUCAAUGCGCAUGGUAUGACAUUGGCGACCCGAGAAGGGGGAUACGUGUCAGGGACAAAUUGACGGUAGUCAAUACUGCUAGGCAAUGGUAUAAAGAUGAGCCUUUUGUCCUUGCCUCCCAAGCAAGUCAAGUCUUUUAUCUCAAUGAUCCAAUACUGGGGGGAAGUUGGCAGGUCGUCCAUAAAAUUACAAGUAGGAAUGUUUACAACAUUCACGCAAGUAGAGCUGUUGAGGAUGGGAUGGACGAUGACGAAACAUCAGAUGGUGACUCAGAUGAUGAGGUUGACAAUAACACGAACAAUUACCCCCCUAUACUCGAGAGUGGACCAACCAUGCCUGAGCCAUUGAAUCGAGAGGAUUCAGAGCAUUUGUUUGUUGAUCCAGCUUCCAUAUCGGGUCCAGAACCGAUGCAAUCAGUUGACCGUGAGUUCGAUAUUGAUGAUGUACUAUCUGAUGAUGACUUGAGCCUGAAGGACGUAUGUGCCGACGAUAACUCUGGUAGCGAGGCCGAGAAUCAGCUGAAUGAGGAAGCUGAUGAUGAUUUUUAG